AUGCGGACAGUAUCCGUUGUUGCGGCCGCCCUAUUAGCGGCCUCGUAUGUGGCCGGCGAGCAUGUGGAGCACCCCAAGCCCAAGUUCUACUUCCCUCGACAUGUCAAGCGCCAGUAUGCCAACGCCACGAUAACAUCCAACGAUGCCCCCAUCUCCACCAUCGACACCUCGGCCGACAUCGUGUCGCAGACGACCAAGAGGGAGACGACCAGCAACGACCAGAGCGAAAGCUUGUCGGGCAUUCCCUUUGUCAAGUCGACUUCCUCGCGUCUCCUCACUUCGAGCGACUCGCAGUCGGAAUCCGAAUCCGAGAGGCCUUCUGUCACGACGGUGGUGAUUGCGAGCACCGUUUACGUUUCGCCUACUCAGCCCACGACAGUCAGCUUGUCGACUGGCUUCACCGCGGCUCCCUCCGCCCCCCCUGUCGACACGGACUCUUCCAGUUCCGCUGAUAGCACUGCCGGCUCCUCUGACUCUACUAGCCAGGAUACCGCUGGCUCCUCCAGCUCUGCUACUGACAACAGCUCAAGCGACUCAACUGCACCUACUACGGAAAGCAGCUCUGGUUCUACCACAGAGAGCAGCGCAUCUGGCUCUACUACGGACACUACCGGCUUACCUAUUAAAGUCAUUGUCACCGACAGUGCCAGCUCUUUGGCUUCGGCUUCGGCUUCGGCUUCGGCUUCGUCUUCGGCUUCGACUUCAGCUAGCGACGACGCCAUUUUGCCCACCUCCGGCGCCAAUACUACCAGCUCUUCGGGCUCUGCCACCGACGCUGCUAGCUCGUCCAGCUCUAUUGAAGAGACCGCUAGCUCGUCCAGCUCUAUUGAAGAGACCGCUAGCUCGUCCAGCUCUAUUGCAGAGACCGCUAGCUCGUCCAGCUCUAUUGCAGAGACUGCUAGCUCGUCCAGCUCUAUUGCAGAGACUGCCAGCUCGUCCAGCUCUGUUGCAGAGACAGCUAGCUCAUCUAACUCUGCCACCAAUGUUGCCAGCUCCUCGGCUUCUGCUACUGACAGUACUACCUCUCCCGGCUCCGUCGUAAACACCACCAGCUCGGCCAUCGUUGCUACCGAUACUACUAGCUCCUCGGCUCCUGCUACCGAUGUUACCAGCUCACCGGCCGCGUCGACUGAUGCAUCUGACUCCUUGACUUCGUCCAGCGCUUUGCCUGCCGUCUCAUCGGGAGUCAUUGCUAACACAACCAGUCCUGAAUCGUCGACCUCCUUGCAGGCUAUUGCUCUUCCUACCACUACCGCUGAGCCUACUUCCACGGCUGAGACUUCUACCGUCGAGACCGUACCCACCGAGACAGCCACCGAUGGAAGUGCUUCCACGGGUGGGCUUCCGUCUAUCAUCAUCCUUCCUUCGAUCCGGACUACCUCGACUUCUGCGGCCGAUGUAGCAAACUCAACUGCGCCUGCUCUCGUUUCCGAGACCGCCCCUGCGGCUAACUCUACCAUUGGGACUGCCACGGUGUCCGAGAUCAUUGCAACUGAGGAUCCUUUGAUUACCAGCUCGAGCAGCUCUGGCAUCCUUUUGGCUCCUACAGGCGUCGUCAGCGAGACCUCCAGUGCGUCAAUCAACCCAAUUGAGUCUUUCGCUAGCAGUGUCGCAUCCUUGGUAGAAAGCAUACUUAUUCCUACCGGCAAUGGAACAGCAACCGAACCUACGGCUCCCGUCACUACGUCGGAUGUAGUCACGAUUCCCUCCGCGACCGAACCUUAUGCCAGCGGCUCUGGAUCGGGUAUUAUCACGGCUUCUGCCUCGCUGACUACCAGCGAGUCUGAGUCUCCCAUCACUUCUUCAGGCAUCGUCUCCAUCCCGGUUGGAAACUCGACUGUUACCUCGACCAGCGCCGUCGAAUCUGUCCCAAUAACAACCGGAAUCCCGGAGUCCUCGGUACCUGUUAUUCCUGGAAACUCUUCGAUCCCUGUCACAUCUCUGCCUGACACAACGAUAGUUCUGCCCUCAGUCACUUUGAUUAACAGCACCGCAGUCGCAGCCAAUACCUCAACCAUUAUUCCAGUCAUCGCAACGAGCGUUUCUUCUGAGAUCUCGGUACCUGUUUCCUCCCUGGAGCCUGUUACCACCACUCAGAACUUGAUUCCCUCGCCUGCGACGACCACGAUUAGCACUGGUCCACCGGUUACGCAUUAUACUCCCACAGCCACCGUGUCUAACAUGCCGCCUGGCUAUAAUAGCCCAACCACGAUUUUGGUGGACCAGCCUCCCCCUUCGCAGACCCAGAGCGAGUCCUUCGUGCAACAAACCACAGCGACUGCCCUUCCCACCGAGCUCCCCAAGGCGAUUGCCCCUGAUGACACGACUGCUCCCAAGCCGGACGACAACAUUUUUAUCCAGAUCGGUUUCAACUAUGGAUUCAACUACCCGUUCGUGGCCAAGAACAACAACGCUGCGGCGCAGAUCUUCCGCCUCCUCCCUGAGGCGCUUGCGUUUGCUGGGUCUAUUGAGUCCCACAGAGUAAGAGUCACGAAGCUGAUGCCCAUGAACACGAUGAACACUCUGGGUUACUGGACCACUCUUGCUGUUGUAUCAUACCCGGAGGCGUAUGUUCAGAGUCUUCGGUUGGAUGUUAAAAGCGCCAACUCUCCGCUCUAUAACAACCCUACUCCGCUGGUUUACAACUUGACAAUGCAGAUCAAUCCUGCCAUUGAUAUCAUCCUUGGCUCGACCAUAAGCGGCGAAGGCGCAGGCGGCGAGACUGGAAGUAAUCCGAACAAUGCCGGUAACAACGCGGAUCCGUUUACGAACAACAAUAACACCAACCAGUCUUCUCAGCAGCGGGGAACCACGGCGGGUAUUGUGGGUGGUGCUGUUGCCGUUGCUGCUGCGUAUGGCGCGGCCAUGUUCGUGAUUGCCAGGCGGUACAAGAGGAAGAAGCAGGCGCACAGACGGGCAAGCUCCAUCAGCGGAAGCCCGUCGGACAUGCAGCAGAUGGGUGGGGGUAGCCCGGCUCUAAUGGGCGGUGCUCUCCUUAGUAGGGAUUUCACCGGCUAUGGAGGAGUGGCUGGCGGUGCGGCAGCGGCCGGCGCCGGUGCGCCUGGUGGACGGGAUAGUCAUGGCAGCGCAAGAAGCGGCAUGGGUCUCUCCUCGCGGACGGCUUACAUUUCGGCCCCGGUUGCCGCGGAAAACUCUCUCGGGUGGAACUAA